UUUCCCAAUCCUCGAGAACCUCGGGACCAGUCUCAAACUUCCCAGACACGCAGCCCAAGGGACUAAAAUGAUAAAUUCUUUCUGUAGUUAGAGCGAAAGCCACCAGCUUUUGAAACCUGCUCUUCUAUUUCUCUCACAGAGGCGCUUCCAAUUAGCCAAGAAAAACUAUACUUAUUGCUAAUUGGCAAUAGGUAUGGGUUGAUGAGAACAUUGUUGAUGAGAACAUUUUUCAUUGCUUAAUCACAAGUCAAAAUGAUCUAGAAGCUUCUUUGGUCUAUGGUUGAUCUUGGGUUGUUGCAAAAGGAGGCUUGAAGAAAAUGUCUUGGCUAACCUUGAAGCUUGCACCUUAGAGUCUUGUCAAUGUACUGAUAUCCUAAAUAGAAGACAAGAGGAGUUGACUUGCGAGACAUUUUAUGUGCCAAGUCUUGCGGGACUGGCACAUGUUUCAAGAGUUAACUUGUGAGACAUCUUUAUGUGCCAAGCCUUGUGGGAGUAACACGUAUCAAUUGAUGCUCAUAUAUACUGGGACCAAUAUCAAGGACACAUGGGUUUUCAUGAUGGUUCAACAAACAAUAGACUCUAAAUUCAUUGAAUAUGGGAUGGGAAGUACUGAAAAUGACUUGCCUACUUGUGAUAAGCAACUGUCUGUUGCUGUAAAGAAGACAGCUUUGAGAGAUCUGCAGAAUGAUAAUAGAAUUAUGAUGCCCAACUCUACUGAAAACUCUCCACUUCUGAAGGAUAGAAAUCCAAUUAGUGAUGCCCUUGAAGUUUCUGGUGCCAAGAAGCCCUCACUUGAGUGCCCUGAAAGCCCCCCUCAAUACCAAUCUCCAAGCAGCAAUGCUGCAAAUGGGCAUCUUGUCUAUGUCCGUAGAAAAUCUGAAGCAGAACUAGGCAAGAGCAGCACUGGUGAUAGCACAAGCAUUAAUGCCGAAUGCCUGCAGUCAAGGAAACUCAAUCACCAGGAGGAGACCACCCGACCCAAAUCCCAGAUGGAGCCAAAGGUCUCUUGUUUUCCGGCAUUUGCUCCUCUUCCAAUGGUGGCAUCCAUGAGCUCAUCUGGAAAACCUUCAGUUCCUCGUAAUCUUGGGAAGCCUGGUAUGACGUUAGCACCAGUAGAGCCCAAUGACCAUCCUGUUGCUUCAGCUGCCCCGUUGUUAAGUAAUCCAAAGGGAUCAUGGGAAGAGCGAUAUCAUCAACUGAAGAUGUUCUUAAGAAAAUUGGACGAAGCCGAUCAAGAGGAAUAUCUCCAGAUGCUUCGCUCGUUCUCUCCAGUUGAACUCAGCAGAUAUGCUGUUGAGGUGGAAAAGAGAUCGAUUCAGCUUUCACUGGAGGAAGCAAAAGAGUUGCAGCGGGUAACUGCUUUGAAUGUCCUGGGAAAAUGUAUAAUGGAUUUUAAAGCAGCCUCAACUCAUCAAGACCGUUUAGAGAAUUGAGAGGACAGGGUGAACACUAUAUAUGUGUUGGGCAAAGAUAGUUUGCAGACAACCCGUCCUUAACUCUCUUUUUUCUCCCUCUUCCCAGGCUUCUCCGCUGUGCUCAUCCUCCCACUUUGGUUGGUACUCACUGUAAUAUUGUGAUUGCCACUGUAAUUUUCCAUGUCUAGUAGUGAGAUGCUGUGGACAAUAUGAAAUAUUGUUACUGCGUUAGUGUUUAGAGAGAAGGAUAUAGAAAAACAAGUGUUUAACUGUGAUGCAUUGCUUCUGUUUCCACUGGGGGCCGUAUCUUUUGUAUAUAAAUGCAAGUUCAGAGUAAGUCAUUGCUUGUAAUUUUUCUUUUUAAUCGAGACAAAUUGAUUAUUUUUUGAAGUUGGGAUGGUGAAAAAAGAGAGGUGAGGGGCUAUAAUUGGAGAUU